GGUUGUAGGGGAUAUAUAACAUCAAAUGUCAGCACUGAAGUCAGAAAGAUCAAGAUGUUCAGGAAACUGAGUUUGGUCUUUGUGGUCGCUCUCCUUACCAAAGGGUGUGAAUGCCAAUUGAAUGUGUGUGGCAGAGCCCCUCUCAACACAAGGAUAGUAGGAGGACAGGAUGCCCCUGUUGGUGCGUGGCCAUGGCAGGUCAGUCUUCACUUUGAAGGCAGUCAUUUCUGUGGUGGAUCCCUCAUCAACAGAGAAUGGAUUCUGACAGCAGCUCACUGCUUUCCAGGUAACCCUGAUCCUUCAGGCUUCACUGUGUAUCUGGGCCGAGAGAGUCAGGAACAACCCAAUUCAAACGAGGUGUCCAGAAACAUCUCCGAAGUCAUAACGCAUCCACAAUACGACGCAUACUAUCAUGACAAUGACAUGGCUCUGCUGCACCUCUCCUCACCUGUGAAUUUCACGACAUACAUCAAACCAGUCUGUCUUGCAGCAGAGGGAAGCAUAUUCAACAAUGGCUCUGACAUGUGGGUUACUGGUUGGGGAAACGUUAAUUCAGGUGUAUCCCUUCCUUCACCUCAAAACCUGCAGGAAGUGCGUGUGCCUAUAGUUGGAAACAGGAAGUGUAAUUGCCUUUAUGGAAAUGCACAGAUAACAGACAACAUGAUGUGUGCUGGACUGUUGGACGGUGGAAAAGAUUCAUGCCAGGGUGACUCUGGAGGUCCGAUGGUCAUCAAGCAGGGCUCUGUUUGGAUUCAGGCUGGUGUUGUGAGUUGGGGUUAUGGUUGUGCUCAGCCUGAUUACCCUGGUGUGUAUGCCAGAGUUUCUAACUACCAGUCGUGGAUCAGCGGGUACACUGGAGCAAGUCAGACUGGUUUCAUAAAUUCUACCUCCAUCUUCUCUGAGGAGGACGAGAAUGUGACCUGUAGCACUCCACCACUAUUGUGUGGAAGAAAGCGUGACAGUUCGACUGGUAUAUGGCCAUGGAUGGCUAGUCUAAAGUAUUACGGUUCUAGUGCAUGCAUGGGAACUUUGGUCUCUCCAAACUUUGUCAUGACCACUGCUAGCUGCUUUUCCAGAUCCAUGAAUCCAAAUGAAUGGACAGUGGUCCUCGGUUUUGUCCCAUGGGACUGCUCCAACACCCUGGAGGUGUAUGUUAACGUGGCAAAUAUCGUUUACAACUUUGCUUCAGGCAACAAUGUGGCACUUGUGGAACUGGCUAUUACACCAGAACUCUCAGAUUACAUUAACAUUGUAACGGUUGACAUGUAUAAUUUAGCUUUUGGCCCAGGUUCUCAAUGUACAGUGGUUGGUUGGAACACAGGUGAUGGAACAUCUAAACAAUUUCUUCAGGAAUUUCAGACAAGCAUUGUAAACUGCGAUCCAUCAACUGAUCCUUCACUCCACAUCUGCACAGAGCCUUUGGACGUACAGCAGGAGGAUGAAGGCAGUCCUCUGCUGUGUAAAAUGGGUGACACGUGGUUUCAGACUGGUUUCUUGGCUUUGGGCCGCAGUGAUGAAUUUAUCAUCGACCCGGAAUCCAGUGGCAAUACAGACUUUCCAAAAGUCUUCAUCAGAACAACUCCCAUCAGCUCCUUCCUGACUAACACUCUCUACAAUGUGCCAUCCAUUUUCGAUGGGGCAGAGUCAUUCUCACCUCUCUCUCUCACCUGCAUCCUUCUUCUCUCUCUGCCAGCGCUCCUCCAAGCCUUUAUUUGAAGCUUUGAUCCCUGUCAAUUUAUCACUGACAAAACUACUGACACAGGCUGCCUAGAGCUAAAGAAUAAAUUACAGAAUUUUACAAUUUUACAGGAUUUUAGAUUAGAUUAGAAAUUUACCUACUGAGGUAAAAAAAAAAAAAAAAGAAAAAGAAAAAAAAGAAGAAAAAAAAAAGAAAAAAAGCAUCUUAAAUAAGAAAAUAGUACAAUGAAUAAAAUAAAAAAAAUUACAGGGUGUAUAUUCUAUUAAACAAACUAUAUGAAUAAAUUGUACUGUCAUCUUUUUCUCAGCUUUCCUGUCAUUACAUUGUGUAAUCCACAUUCCACAACAAAUGUAUGGCAAAAGGGUCAAACUGCCAAAUCAAAUAAAAAAGAAUGAAUUGA